UGUUUUUGAAGGACUGUUUUGUCUUCAUAAUGUUUGGGGACUUAUUUGAAGAAGAUUUUUCCUUUAUCUCCAACAAUCAAUGUGGAAAAGGGAAGUCAAAGCACAGAGAUGCAGAGCCACCAGCUCCCAGGGAGUUCACCAACUUAAGUGGAAUCAAAAAUCAGGGUGGGACCUGCUACCUCAAUUCCCUUUUACAGACUCUGCUAUUCACACCAGAGUUUAGAGAAGCACUGUUCUCUCUAGGACCUGAAGAACUUGGGACUUUGGAUGAUAGCAGUAAACCAGAUGCAAAGAAGCAGAUGGCACUUUUUUUUUUUUCAAGUUUUCUUUUCCUCAUGCAGGAAAUGAGGCAGCAUGAUGUGCAGGAAUUAAAUCGAAUUCUGUUCAGUGCUUUGGAAACUUCCCUUGUUGGGACUUCAGGUCAUGACAUUAUUAACCGGUUAUACCAUGGGAUUGUUGUCAACCAGAUUGUCUGCAAAGAAUGCAAAAAUGUCAGCGAGAGACAGGAAGAUUUCUUAGACUUAACAGUAGCUGUGAAAGGUGUUGCUGGCUUGGAGGAGGCACUGUGGAACAUGUAUGUGGAAGAAGAAUACUUUGAAAAUGAUAACUUGUAUCGGUGUGGAGCCUGUGAUAAACUUGUUGAAGCCUCAAAGUCAGCUAAGCUACGUAAGUUGCCUCCCUUUCUCACCAUUUCUCUCCUGAGAUUUAACUUUGACUUUGAGAAGUGUGAAAGAUACAAGGAAACUAGUUGCUAUACAUUCCCUAACCAGAUAAAUUUGAGACCUUUUUGUGAGCAGGCUGAACUGGAUGAUUCAGAGUAUAUGUAUGAGCUCUUCUCUGUUAUUAUACACAAAGGUGGCUGCUAUGGAGGACACUACCAUGUUUAUAUCAGAGAUGUGGAUGAAUUGGGGAAUUGGCAAUUGCAAGAAGAAAAUAAUAUGGUUGAAGAUAAAAUUUUAAGAGAUAAAGAAAAUGAUAAAGAUGUAGAAAACCCACUGGCAGUGUUGAAAGGGAUUUUAUCAGAGGAAGAAUCUAAACAAAUGCCUGUCGAUCAGUUAGGGCAGAAAUUAUUGGAGAAAAAAGGGUUAUCCUGGAACAAGAAAUACCGAAAACAACACGGGGCGUUUCGAAAGUUUUUGCAGAAUCAUCCCCAGAUAUUUCAAUUCAGUCCUGAUGAAAAUAAGGUUGGUCUUAAGGAGAAGUAUCAUAAGCUUCCAUUUAAGUCAGAUUCUCAAGGACAAGAUUUGCAAAGCCCUCCUCAGAAGAAUAACAUCCAAUGGAGUUUAGAAAAAGCAUCUACAGUGCGAAGGGACACUUCUGCUGGUUGCCACUGGUUUGAUCUGAAUGAUUCAAAAGUCCAGCCAAUUAAGGAGAAAGAUAUUGAGAAACAAUUUCAGGGUAAAGAGAGUGCCUACAUGCUGUUUUAUCGGAAAUCUCAAUUGAAAAGACCGCCAGAAGCUCGUGGAAAUCCAAGGUACCGAAUUCCUGAACACCUUUUGAAUGAAAUGACUGCUGCUAAUACUGAGCUGCAAAAAAAGAG